GUGCUGGUCUGCUAAAUAGUUCUAUAAAACAAAAAUCCUCUCCUAAAAUUCCCAAAUCUAAACACUUCGCAUCUGUCUCCUGAUCCCCGCAUAUUCACGCAUUCUCUCUCCAAAUUCUUCAAUCAUCCGUUUUCCCUAAAUUUCCAAUUUGGGUUUUCUUCCGCAUUGAUCUUCAGGUUUGAUUUCUUUACCCUAGAAUUUGAUUUAUGCUACUGGGUUUUCGCCGAAAUUAGAUUUGGUUUAAUCGAUUGAUUUUAGAUACAAGUUUGAAUAUUUUUGAUGGCAGUGUUGUUGUCGCUGUUUGAGAAAAGAUGAAUAAGAAAAGAAAAGGGAGUGGUGUUGAUGAUGAUUGUGAAAACCUAAUUAAAACCCCAAUUAAUCACCUGCAAUUGAUUAAUGAAGAUAGAGGUUCGAUAAUUAGGGCACGUUUAUCGCUUGAGGAAUGUUCUAGGUUAAGGAAGAAGUGUAAAGAAGACGUGGGUAGUAGUGAUGUUUUUGAUGGAUCAUCGUGUGCUACUAGUAGAAUUGUUGGGGUGAACACUGUGCCACCUUCAAUUGGGUUGUCGUAUGUUGAACCGAGUCGGGGUUUGAAGAGGAAGAUUGGGUGUAUUGAUGUUGCUACUCAGAUUGGUAGCAGGAAGAAUAAGCUUGAAGAUGAUUAUGUUAAGAUCAAGACUAUAGGGCAGGGGAAAUUCGGGUCGGUUUGGUUGUGCAAGUGUAAGGCAAAUGGGCGUGAAUACGCGUGUAAAACGUUGAAGAAAGGGGAAGAAUCUGUGCAUAAGGAGGUUGAGAUAAUGCAGCAUUUAUCAGGGCAUUCUGGGAUUGUGAUGUUGAAUGCAGUGUAUGAAGAUUCAGAUUGUUUUCAUCUUGUUAUGGAGUUGUGUUCUGGUGGGAGAUUGGUUGAUGAGAUGAAGAAGAAUAGGUGUUCUGAACAUCGAGCUGCACAUAUAUUGAAGGAAUUGAUGCUUGUGAUCAAGUAUUGUCAUGAGAUGGGAGUUGUGCAUAGAGAUAUAAAGCCGGAAAAUAUUCUGCUGACAAGUUCAGGGAAGAUGAAGCUUGCAGAUUUUGGCUUGGCUAUGAGAGUUUCUAGUGGUCAGAGCUUGACUGGAAUAGCUGGAAGUCCAGCCUAUGUUGCACCUGAAAUACUGUCCGGAUCUUACCGGGAGAAAGUGGAUACCUGGAGCGCUGGCAUUCUCCUUUACGCCCUUUUGACUGGUUCUCUUCCAUUCCAAGGGAAGUCAUUAGAAACAGUUUUUGAGGCAAUCAAGAACAAUAAACUGGAUUUUCACUCUGGUGAAUGGCAGUCAGUUUCCAAACUUGCACGAGAUCUAGUUGAAAAAAUGCUAGCAAGGGAUGUUUCAGCAAGGUUUUCAGCAGAUGAUGUUCUAGGGCAUCCAUUUAUAAUGUUCUACACAGAGCGAACAUUGAAAUCGCUUUCAAUCAAACCUAAAUCAAGGAACGGAUCACUUGCUCCUCCUUCCCACCAUUUAGACAGCACCACCUCAUUGCCAGAAUCAGAUAAACACCAGCACAGGCACAGCUCUUUCUCAUCGAAUGAGAAUUUGAAUCCAAAUUCAAAUUCGGUUGUUAUAACCGGACAUCAUCCCGUGACUUCUAACACCGACAACAACAAACAGGAUGACUGUGGCGGUCUAAUGGACUUACUCGUAGUAGCAAUCUCACAAGUUAGGAUUUCAGAACCGAAAAGAAGUAGGCUGCGUUUCUCCGGUGGUGGUGGCGGCAGCAGCUCAAUUCAACUGCAGUAUUCUUCUAACAGCCUCUGUAAAGCUUUCUAAUUUAGUUGGUUCUAACAUUAUUUUUUUCUUCCUUAUAUCUUGAAUUUAGGAUAUUAAGGGUGUUCUCAAUUAGCUUUAAUGGAAGUUGUUGAAUCAAUUCAUUUCUAUCUGAUUACCCUAAUUGGCUCUUUUUAAUGAGCUUAUUGUGAAUGUUAUCAAAUAACACAACUUCUUGUGUAUAUAUAAAUGUACAGUUCAUUUCAUUAA